AUGUCCAACGAUGAAGGCACGGCCCAAAAUCCACCUCGCACCCAAGCCAGACAGAUAACUCUGCAGGUGGGGGAGCGCCGAUUUGUCACUACUCUUCAAACACUAGUACCUGAGAGCAACUUCUUCGCCUCCCUGUUGUCUGGGCGGUGGGACGAUGCACUGACCGACGGUUCUUACUUCAUUGAUGCAGAUCCGACUCUAUUUGAACAUAUCCUACGUUAUCUUCGGCGUAGGGUGCUUCCGAUAUUUUACGAUAUCAGCAAAGGACAUGACCACGCGUUGUAUCUAGCCCUUCUUGAAGAGGCAAAGUAUUUCCAAAUUGCUCGACUCCAAGAAUGGCUUGAAAACAAAAAGUAUCUCUAUGCGCUAUCUGUGGAGUGUUUCAUCGAAGAAGAUGAAGGAACUCCAUGUCCUACAACACUGUCCACGGAUACAAGCGUGGAGUACUACCCUGAAUGGGGAACUAAAAGGGUGCAGUGCAUGAAAGCAAGAGGAGAUGCCGAUGCAGUUUAUGACGAGGAACCAAUGUUGAGGUUGCUGGUGGUGAAAAAACGGACAGUCUUUGAUAUGCAGGCUUGUGUGGCCGGCCAGUUCCAGAUUGACAAUGAAAGCGAGCCCUUUUCUGAAAUCGAAGAAGUAUCACAUUGGUGCCCAGAGCUCGGUGGAUGGUAUGACACUGAUGAAGAGGCCGAACAAAAUUAUAUCAACGACAACGUAAUUCGUCUCAUUGAGGAGAAUAGCUCGUAA